AACUAUUUUUUAUCUGAAUUAUAUACGAUGUUUCAACGAUAAUACAAUUAUAGCAACAUUUUGAUGUUCGCUGUGACGGCUGCUGUCACAUUUUUAUUAUAGCUAGUACAAUUAUAUAACAGUUGUUAGUUGAGUUUUACUGCAUGUAUUCAACUAUUUUUUUGGAUCAGUGUUAAGUUAAAAGAUUUUUAUCUUUCUUUAGAUGUGAUGUAAUACAUUAAAAACAAAGCUACAGGAUUUGCCACAGGGGCAUAAAAGAUGGAUAUUGCUACUAUGCUGAAAGAUUUGCAGAGGCAGAAGUGCCCGCUUGAAUGUCCAGUUUGUCAAAAAGUAUACCGUAGCUUCAGUGGUAUUAGUUAUCAUGUUAUUAAAUUUCAUUCCAAUGGACAGAUUCACAAUCCAACACCAAAUGGGUUUGAUACCCUCUCAGUGUCUCAAAGUGCAAGAAAGCAGCCUCUAUCAUAUGCAGAUGCUCAGCGAAUGGUUGAAUUUGAUAUUAAAGGAAAUCUUAUUAGAAACUUAAUCUCAGAACCCUUGGAUAUAGAGAUUGAAAUUGAUGCUAGUGAAGAGGAAGAAAUUGUCAUGGCUCCCUCACCUACUAAGCCUCCAACUCGUGGAACACCUCGUAAAAGAGGAAGAGGCCGUGGGAGGCUUGUACAUUAUAAACAUAGAUAUUCAGAUUAUAUGAAAAAGACAUUAGCAGCAGAAGAAAAAAAGGUUCCUUUACCUUCUGCAGUAUAUACUAUUAUACCUAGUGAAGAAAUAUUAGAACAUAAAGUUCCCCAGCGAACUACUUAUUACAGAUUUAUAGACAAGGCAACUGACGAACUUGACGAAGAAGUUGAAUAUGGAAUGGAUGAAGAGGAUUACAUAUGGUUAGAACAAAUAAAUGAAAUUCGAAAACAGUCAAACUUGUUGCCAGUGUCCCAAGAAGUACUUGAAAUGCUUCUUGAUAGAUUGGAAAAAGAAUCACAUUUUGAAACAAGAACCAUUACAGGCGAUCCUUAUAAUUUAAUUGAUGAAGAUGCAGUUUGUAGUAUAUGCUGCGAUGGUGAAUGUAGUAAUAGUAAUGUUAUUUUAUUUUGUGAUAUGUGUAACUUGGCUGUACAUCAAGAAUGCUAUGGUGUACCAUAUAUUCCAGAGGGACAGUGGUUGUGUCGGAAAUGUUUACAGUCACCGUCAAAACCGGUUGAUUGUCUACUUUGUCCGACUAAAAGUGGAGCCUUCAAACAAACAGAUACAAAUGGCUGGGCUCAUGUUGUUUGUGCACUAUGGAUACCUGAAGUUUGCUUUGCUAACACUGUAUUUCUAGAACCAAUUGACUCAAUAGCAAAUAUUCCUUCUGCUCGAUGGAAACUACUCUGUUAUAUAUGCAAAAAGAAGCAGGGAGCAUGUAUUCAAUGUUUUAAAACAAAUUGUUAUACAGCUUUUCAUGUAACCUGUGCACAACAGGGAGGUUUAUAUAUGAAAAUAGAACCAGGACGAACUGAAACUGGACAAGCAACGGUUAAAAAAGUUGCAUAUUGUGAUGCUCACACACCAAAGCACGCUUCCCGUGGUUUUGGUACACCAUGCAACAGUGAUUAUUGUAGUGACGAGGAUAGUGACACAGGUUCUGUGCAUAGCAAAUCAUCUAUUACUUCUAAACCAAAAAAUGCUCAAUAUCAAACACCCUCAGCAAAGUUGAAGGAAGUACAAAAGAAGUUGAUUGAAAAACAAAGUUUUAAAUUACCUGCAGUUCACAUUCCUUUUGUCCCAGCCCACAGACUGAGCAAAAUUGUGGCUAAAGUGGCAAUUGCUAAGAAGUCACAAUUUAUACAUCAACUUCAAUCAUACUGGAUGCUGAAAAGACAGUCCCGUAAUGGUGUACCAUUAUUAAGGAGACUUCAAAUGAACACUGGCACAGGUGUAAAUAGAAAUCAGCGUGAAGAAUAUACAUUGGAAGAGCUGAGUCAAUCCAAAGAAUUAAAAGAACAACUUAGAUAUUGGCAGCAAUUACGGCAUGAUCUUGAACGAGUGCGGUUGUUGAUAGAGUUGAUCAGAAAAAGAGAAAAAAUGAAAAAGGAACAGUAUCGCAUGAAACAACAAAUCAUUGAUCUCAAAUUGAAACCGCUGCAAAUUGAAAUGGAACGUACACUAGUUUUGUUACAAGAACGAGACACAACUGGUAUCUUUGCUGAGCCUGUAAAGCCUGAAGAGGCACCUGAUUACCAUGAAUUUAUAUCCAAUCCAAUGGACUUUUCAACAAUGUAUCAGAAACUUUCUGAUUAUGAGUAUUUGAACUUUGAUCAGUUUGUAGAUGAUUUCAACUUGAUGGUUCAAAACUGCUUGGAUUUUAACCAUGAAGGCACACUGUACUAUCGGGCUGCUGUUCGCUUGAGAACACAAUGCAAGCAAAUCAUUAAAGCUGCAAGAAAACGAAUUAAACAAGCGGGUAUUGACUCACAAACUGGGUUACAUUUGGACAGACCACCUGCUCUCAGUGGCAGAUGUGAAAGCUUGUCUGAGGAUGAUGUCUCCUCGUUGGUUGAGAAUCCCUUUAUGACAAUCGAUGAGAAAGUGGAAGAUCUGGAGCAGAAAUUAGAAUUUGCCAGUACCAUCCAAAAUGCUUUGAAACGACUGGCUCGGCAAAAAAAGCUGAGAAAGGAGAUUGCAAAACUCCGGAGACAAAAAAGCAAAAUGGACCACAGCUCUGAAACUGAUGGUGCUAACGCAGCUAAGGCACAACUAACCACUGAAACUCCUCGUGUCAAAAAACGUGGCAGAAAGCGUCGUAUAGAUCGUGAACGUCGGAACGAAGUUUACAACGGGGAAGUAAAGAUUGAACCGAAGCCAACUAUACCGAGUGAUUUACGACUUGAUGUACCCAUAACAGAACAAGUAGCAACUCAAGUUGACCAAACGGGUGAGCAGUUGCAUACACAGGACCGCUUGUCACCGAUUUUCAUUGAACCAGAGAAAGUGGAGCGUAACCCUUCUCCUGGUCGGAGUCGGCGUAGUGGCAUACUCUUCAAGAAAAAACAGUAUCAACCGGUCAAGCCGAGUCCAUUGGUGUUGUACAGCUCGACGACGAGUGAUGACGACAAGCGAAGUCCUUCCUCCAUCAAGUUAAAAUUACGUUUAGAGAGCGGAGGUUCUAACAAGGUCAACGGUGUUGGCGAGUUUGACCUUGACAACGAGACUUUGACAAGCGAAAACGAAGACCCGAACAUCCGUGUUUUUAGUCACUCUCCCUCAAAUAUGAGCAAGCUCUCCAGUCCUCAAAGAAGAGAUGCAGCAGCAGAAAUAAGGGAAAUGAACGGAAUUGCCAACGGUGAAGUAAACGAAGCUGAUGUAGAUGAUUGUUUUUUGGAUGAGACGGAAACACACUCGGAUGCGAAUCUGUUGUGCUCUAGAAAACGCACUUAUACCAGUAGUUCUGCCAACUCUGAUUCGGAAGGAAACUUUGUUCAUAGGCGUAAGACUAGCAAGCGUGGAAGACAACGAAGCACCAAGUUGUCGUUAAAACAAGAAUUUAGCGAUUUAGAAGGAUUGGCUGAUAUUAAGUAUGGAAUUUACAUGGUUAAUGCAGACGAACAGGAUUUGUACGAUCCGAAAUGUUAUCCGAUAUCAUUGGAAAUGCUAACAUUGACAUGGGCGAAAUGUAAAGGUUACCCGUCAUACCCGGCUCUGACGAUCGAUCCAGAAAUGCCGCGCAGUGGUUAUCAGGCUAAUGGUGUACCCAUACCCAUUCCUCCAAUCGAGGUUUUGCAAAUGAACGAUGAUGACCAAAAAUAUUUGGUCCUAUUUUUUGAUGCUAGAAGAACCUGGCAGUGGUUACCUCGUGACAAAAUGGAGCCACUUGGCGUUGAUUCAAGGUUAGAUGAACUAAAACUAAUCGAGUCAAAGAAACCAUCGAUGCGCAAAAACGUUCAAGAAGCAUACAAAAGAGCGAUAACCUUUCGCAGGAGACUCGAAGUAGGCGAGAAUAGUGAUGGAGAAGAGAUCGUACCAGUUAAUGGAGACGGAAAUGGCUCUCCUUUUAAUGGGUUAAAAUCUCCUUCGAAAGCGUUAGUCACCGGUACAAGUGAAAAUGUGCCUACUUUUAGCGAUAAAAACGAAGUGUGCAAUUUCGAGCACGUAGUUAGAGAUGUUAAACAUAACGAAGAAAAUAUAAGUUUGAAUCUUGUGGAAGCUACAUAGUAUUGUUUCGCUUCAUUUAAACCGUAUUCUUCAGUUCUUUGGAGAAUUCUCAAGGUAUAAGUCCUUUCCAUCUGUGAAUACUGUCUAUUUUUCUAUAGGUGUUCCGCCUUGUUAAAACUGGCAGCUAUCUAGUCAAAUAUUUUUCAACUUUAAUUAGAGCAGUAAACGUUUUGGAUUGACUUUUUUUUUGAGACUAAGAACACUGUAGUUUUUUAAUUUUACUUAAAAAUUUUAUUUUUAAGAAACAUUUGUUUUUGUCCGAUAUUUUUGUUUAAGAGAAAGAGGGAGAGAGAAAGAGAGAAAAAGAGAAAUAAUCUUGUUUUUAAUCAUGCAUAUAUCACGAGAAAGCAAGAUUGAAAAAGAGGUGCUAAUAUGCAAGAAUAUUUAUUUAUGUUAAAAAUAAACACGUGUAAAUAUGAUACAACUUGGGAUGACCUUAUACUAUGUGUUCUUCAAUAUAUAAAACACAUGAUAAAAGAUAUUUUGUGACA